GCACGCGCCGCACUUCCUGGUUCUUCAGUGUUGAUGUUCACCAUUGACUGUGUAUGGUGUUCACCGAUGUAAUCUGUUUUUAAGUCAAACGGUAGUAAUUUUCCUGUGUUUCUUACUUUUAUUAAGAUGCCACGAAUUUGCGAUUGAAUAAACAUAGAAUAAAAUCGAUUUCCCGUUGAUUGGCUCUGUUAAUUCAGCCGUUUAGUUCUGUUUUUUUGAUUUGGCAUGCUGUCAUCAUCACCAGGCUAACGUAACACCUGGUAAUUUUAAGUUGACAGCUGCUAACUUAAGUUAACACAUGAAGUCAAAGUGGAUUUGUUGAGGGCACAGCAGGUUUGAUGCCCGCUGCUCCACCAUGGAGCACUCAGAUUUGAUCACACACAAGAACGGGCGGCAGAGGAAGGUGGUAGGUGCCGCCCUCCAACCUGAAAACAUGAGGGACACGGACAGAGGAGAGACGAGCUCCUCUGAACCAGAAGUAGAAGAGGAAGCAGACGGUCUUAUCAGAGGGUCGGACUCUGAGGACAGGAGGCACAGAGUCCGGCCUGGGAUCCGUGGUGAGCUGGGGAAUGUGCUGCUUCUUCUGUUCCUCUACGUGCUGCAAGGGAUUCCUCUCGGACUGGCUGGUAGCAUUCCUCUGAUCUUGCAGAGUAAGAGCAUCAGCUACAAAGACCAAGCCUUCUUCAGCUUUGUCUUCUGGCCAUUUAGUCUCAAGCUUCUCUGGGCGCCACUGGUGGACGCUCUCUACUUCAGCAGGUUUGGUAGAAGAAAGUCAUGGCUGGUGCCCACACAGUACCUGCUGGGCCUCUUUAUGCUCUACCUUUCUAUGACGGUCAAUUCACUGCUGCAGAGUGAGGGAGGACCGAAGGUGGUAACUCUUACUGCAGUCUUCUUUAUGCUCGCCUUUCUGGCAGCCACACAGGACAUAGCUGUGGAUGGCUGGGCCCUCACUAUGUUAUCCAGAGAGAAUGUGGGCUAUGCUUCUACAUGCAACUCUGUGGGUCAGACAGCUGGCUACUUCCUGGGGAAUGUACUCUUUCUGGCUCUGGAGUCUGCAGACUUCUGCAACAAAUACCUCAGAAUAAAGCCCAAGGACACAGGCAUUGUCACCUUGCCAGACUUCUUGUUUUUUUGGGGAGUGGUGUUCCUGGUUUCAACAACAUUGGUAGCCAUCAUUAAAAGGGAAAAUGAGCAUGGCAAAGGAAAGAGGAGAGUGCAUGAGGAGACUCAGGGUGUCAUGGAAACCUACAAGCUGCUGUUCUCUAUCAUCAAGAUGCCCACAGUCUUCACCUUUUGUGUCCUGCUUCUCACUGCUAAAAUUGGCUUCUCUGCAGCAGAUGCAGUGACAGGUUUGAAGCUGGUGGAGGCCGGAGUUCCCAAGGAGCAGCUGGCAUUGUUGGCAGUGCCCAUGGUGCCUCUGCAGAUCCUACUACCUGUGAUCAUCAGUAAAUACACAGCAGGGCCCAGACCUCUGGAUGUCUUCUACAGGGCCUUCCCUUUUAGGUUGCUCAUAGGACUGGAGUACGCUUUGCUGGUGUGGUGGACCCCCAGUGUAAAACAAGAAGGAGGGUUCCCUGUUUACUACUACGCCAUAGUGCUGCUUAGCUACGCAGUGCAUCAGGUGGCGUUGUACAGUAUGUACGUGGCCUGCAUGGCCUUCCAUGCCAAAGUGAGUGACCCCCUCAUCGGCGGGACGUACAUGACUCUGCUGAACACAGUCACUAACCUCGGUGGAAACUGGCCCUCCACUGUGGCUCUGUGGAUGGUGGAUCCCCUGACCUCUAAGGAGUGUCAGGGGGCCGUCGGGCAGAGCUGCGGCUCUCCAGAGGAGACAGGGCUGUGCGUUAAAGAGGGCGGCGCUUGUGUGACAACAUUGGACGGCUACUACGUGGAGUCAGUGGUGUGUGUCGUGAUUGGUUUAGCUUGGUGGGUGUGGUUAGGGAAGAAAAUGAGGCGGCUGCAGGAACAGAGCCCUGCUGCAUGGAGGUGCAGAGCUAAUCAGUGAUGACACUCUAUCAUCAGUACCACAGACUCUUUUUUUUUUCCCCCCUGCAGCUCUGCAUACUCUGCUCCAACAACGACUGAAUGGUGGACAUGCUCUUAUUUCACUCUCAUCCGUCUGGUUUAGUCCCUCUGGUCCUGCUCUAGCUGCUACGUUAAAAACACUCGCUCUCACACUUUCUCACCCCUGUCACCUUGAAGUACAUAAAGCUCAUGAAAGACACCAUUGUCUCUCCGGUGGUAACAAGCCGUCUAAUCGUCACUCAUGCUAACUGUAACAGUGCCCUGAAAACUGAAACAACCAGUCAGACUAGCAAAGAACUUUUGUAGAAAAAUCUAAAUAUUUUUUUUGUUUUGUUCUGAAACCAUAUUCUGCUGCUCAAAACAGCCUUACCAAACCAGAGCUGGGUCAAAGAGUAUGUUCAAAUCGUUUUCUGGGUUUGUUUUAACCUGCUUGGAUAGCCAGAUUGUAGAAUUCUGUGCAGGUUUUGCCUUUUGCCCCAAAUAACUUUGAGCUUUAGUAAACUCAGCAUUUCAGACUCUGACUUGUUUACCUUCCUGACCAGUCACCGUUUAAACUCUAUUAAAAGGAUACUUAAGGGAAAAAGGCAAAGCAUACAAAUGCACUCCUCCAAACUGACUGUAUGCACUUGUGUGGACACGAUUUCCUACUUGUCUCCAACUAUCUGAACUGUCCUGAUGCUGUUUAACUCAAUCCAUCUGUUAAUCCAAGUGAGUUAAACCCAGCGUGAAGAAUAUCUUUCACUUCUCAGAUGUGAACCAAUUUUUUUUUAAUGAUAAUUUUAAAAUAUUUUGUUCCUCUGAAGUGAUUUGUGAUUUGUGCCUUGUUUAGUUUUUCAAAGUCUGUAGAACAACAAUUCAAAGCCAACCUUGUUCGAGCUAUAGUUAAAUAAUCAAGGCAGGGAAUAUUACAGUCAUUUGAAGAUGAAGUUGUUAAACUGAUGAAUACUCAUUGUGGAACACUGUUUCCGGUAAUAUACUGUAUAGUUUGGUAGAUUACACAAAACAUGACUGCUUUCAUUACUUUAGUUAUUUCUCUGUUUUUACAUAAUUAUGAACACAUUCCUUAUGAAGAUUUCAAUUUGCACAGUGAUUUAUGCAUAAUAUAGUAUAUCCAUAUAUAACAAAUAUCAUCAAUGGUUAAAUUAACAGAGAUGUCUAAAAUAUUAAAAGUUUUUUGUUGGAGCAAUCUUUAAUUUUUUUUCAAACUUGCCUUAAAUCUGAUAAUUUUUACCCAUUAUAGGACUAAUUCAAAUCUUUAAUAGCAAUAUUAAAAAGUGCAGCUUUUAACUGUUGGAACAUCUUGGUUAUCAGUGGCACCUGGUUGGUAAGGUAUUUUUAAGUUGCAAGAAGAAAAGUAAUAUUCAAAUUAUAUACAUGCAUAUUUCUUUUUUUUUUUGCAUAUUUCGCAGCAUUUUCCAGUUUUAUAGAUGCAUUAUUAUUGAGACACAUCAUAUGUGAAAGGCCAAUAUACUGUAUACUUUUAACAAACUAUUACAGGAGUCCUAAUUUAUACACGUUUGCAGUGUAGAUCAGAGAUCCCUUGGCAGAGCCCAUCUGAGUGGGACAUUAACACCGGCCUGAAAAGUAUGCAAGUGAAAACAUACAGUGGAUUUCUGGCCCCCAGAACAAUUCAGAUCCCAGACCAGCAGCCUUGGUGAUAAACUUGAUAAGCAAAUGCUCCGUUUAUGUUUUCAUAUUGUACGUAGAACUUAAUGUUACAGUAUUUUCUCUAAAGCCAGCAUUGAAAAUCCAACUGCUCUGUCCAACGUAAAUGCUGAAGCACACAAUCAGGGUUCAUGUAAGGAUACGAGAGGAUAAGACUUUUUAACUCAUUUUGCAUAGUUAGAUUUCUUGUGCCGACUUUGUGAACUGCACAUAAAAGGUCAAGCGUUUUCAGAUUACUGUGGUAGCAGCUGUUUUUUUUCUCUUUUGGCCACUGAUUCCUGUGAAAUGCACAGAAGUCCCUUAUGCUGUCAUUAAGCUCACACACUGAGUAGCCUCCUACACCUACUAGACUUCAUACUACAUGACUUUGCUGUGAUGUUCAUUGGGCCUUUCAUGUUAAUUUGUGCCAGCACGUCACUGUAAUAUCACAACACUUCAUCCUGAGAGCCUUUUUGCAGCACUACUAUGUUUUCUUUGACAGAUUAGACUGUGUGACAGUUCAUCUCAGCAACAUAUGCGCUAGUUUUUAUAAUAUUUUAGAUUGGGGUUUCAGAUCAGUUACUUAAAAAACUGGCUUUUAGGUGGUGAACUAUUAUUUCAGCUACAGAAGAUUCAAUGUUUUAAAUCUAUCGUACAAUGUUACCUCAACACUUGAAUUGAAUUAUUAGUGAUUUACUUUAAUUUUUUUUUUACAUCACACAAUGAUGAGUCCAAAUCCCCAGUCAUAUAAAGGAAAAGGACAGGGUGACCGUGUAGUGAGAAAUUUACAUAUGCUAGCAGCGGUGCUCUAUAAUGUUCUGAUGAUGAACGUAAUGAACUUAGACAUUCAUAAGAUGCAAUGUUGAUGAGAUUUAAAACAAAUCUUAUGUAAUAAAAAAAGCACACUUCUGA